GGUUGAUGUAAACAGCAGCUCCGGCGAACACAGAGCAUGCAUGAACAGAAACAAAUGCUACACGACCCGCAUGUGUGUUUGGGUUUGUUGUUAGUCUUGACUGGAUUUUUCGUGUAAUACUUGUAACAGUUAUCUUGAUAUAAUAUUAAUCAUGUCGAUGUAUUAUAAUGAUAUAGAUAUCAAUUUGAAGCGUAUUUAAAUUAGUGUGGUGUGAAUAGUGUUCGGUCAUUAACUGUAUUCGCAUGAAAUAAUUUCAUUUUUGCGUACUAAUACGGUUCCAGUUCGCUGUUACAAAGCAGGCGAGAAAAUGGGUGAUGAGGAUGUGAUUAGAAGACGACUUCUUAUUGAUGGAGAUGGUACGGGAGAUGACAGGCGUUUAAAUGUAUUAUUAAAGUCCUUCAUUAAAUGGUGUAAUAGUACGAACGAGACUCCUUAUGAAAGCCAACUGGCAUUGGAUCGCAUGCAGGCACAUCUUGGACAAUGUGAAUUUGCUGUUCAUAAAUCAAGGCUUUCAGCCUUAAUGAGUGCAGCUGAACAGCAAAACUAUGAAAAUUUAUCACGUCAAAUAGAGGAAGGAAUUGAAAGUGCUAAAAAAGAUAUUGAAACAACAAAAUUAGAAUUUCAGCAAGCAAAGACUGUGAGAAAAAAUCGAAUUGAAUAUGAUGUUUUAGCUAAAGUGAUAAGUGAACAGCCAGAUCGCAAAGAGACUGAUGAGAAAUUGUCUCAACUAAGAAAAGAACUUUCUUCUCUGGAGGACACUCUUGAGCAAUUAGAGAGGAAACUUGACAUGAGACGUAAACAGUUCCAUGUCUUGGUUGCAUCUAUUCAUCAGUUGCAAUCUAUUUUAGAUGAUACAGAAAGUGAAGAAAUCAUGGAAUUGUCAUUAGAUGCAUUUGAAGAAGAUGAUAUUACAAAUUCUACAAUAAAACCAACAGAAAUUGAAGCAAUGGCAGAGUGAAAUAUUUAUAAUAUGACAUAUUCUCUUGUAAUUUAAAUUAAACUGUUUUUAUGUCUACAAGUCAUUGCGUUAUUCUUAUCCAUAUUGGAAGAGUGAUGAUAAUAAGAAUAAAAUGAUUUAAGUGGUCUCAAAGAGGUUUAUAACAAGACAAAAUUGUAAGCAAAAGCUGUUCUUUCCGAUAAUUUUUUUUCUUCAAUAAACUAAGUCAUUUGGAACUUAAAAACAUUUUGACUAAUAUACAUGUUUGAAGACUACUGAUGUGUUCAGUAAACCAUGCUGUGUACAGAAAAUCUGGAGCUGAAGACUCAUUCUGUUGCAAUAUUUGUUUUUGCCAGUCUCAGAUCAUACACAAUUGAUCAGGAUCAAGUUCAAGCAUUGUAAUUUGGUCAUUAUGUACAAGUUCUUUUUUAUUAUAUUUUAUAAUAAAAAAGUUUGUUUUAAUUCCAGACUGUCUAAGAGCUUCUGCAACAAAUUCUUGUUUUCCCCUUCAUUCUUAUAAUGGAAUGUUUUAAGAAGCGUCUCUAAAAUUAACUCUUUUUCGAGCAUGUAAAAAUUAUGUACUAAAAUUUGCUUACAUAGAUUUAGACAAUAAAAUCAGUCUUUGACAAUUACUCAUAUUUAAAAAAAUCAUAAUUGUAAUUAAAGUUGUCAAACAAAACAGUUCAACAGUGACAUCAAACCAUAUAGAAGGCACAUUUUCAUGACAACAUCAAAUUGUUGAUUCAGAAAUCUACAAAAAGUGUGAUCCUAUGCCUUUUUUAAAUUCCAUUUAAAUUUCAACCCCUUGGUGGCAUGUUUUUUUAUUAUCAAAAUUGAGUAAAAGUUUCCUCAGCUUUACCAGUUUUUCUUUUCCCUUCGUUUGGUACUAUUAUAAGGGGAGAGCACACACAUAUUGAAUGGUCACCCCAAUACAGGAUGCACCAUUUCAAUCUUUCUGUGGGAUUAUAUCAUUGAUCCCAGUGAAUAAGCUGAUAAGUCAUAAACACUUAAUUUUACAGGAGAGCAAAAAAAAAACUUUAAACUGAAGUAAGUCGGGUAUUUAUGAUAAUCAAACGAAGGUGAUGUUCAAACAAAACUAUUUGUGUGUAGGUUUUGUUUGAAUAUCAUUAAUCCAUGAUUUACAGCAUUAGUUAAAAGAUUUCUUUUUGUGCUGUCCAGUAAAAUUAAGUUUUUGUUUUUUUUCAAUUAUCAGCUUAUAAACCGGCGUCAAAGAUAUUAAAUAUGGUGAAGGGGGUAUUCAAUGGCUGUGGAGUAUGCCUUGGUCGGUCGAACUGACGAUUCGGCCAAAGUAGCCUUUUUAGUGUCACUCAUGUCGAAGUGGUCGGUUUUGGGUGGCCUGGACGGAUGUCCUAUACUGCUCAGGUUUCUUGCUGUGACCAGCUGCCUCCCGGAGAUAGAGUUGCCAUGGAUAAAAUGGCUUUCAGGACCUCCAAGAUAUACUUUUUAAGAGCAAAUUGUGAAUUUUUUACACUACUAAAUAGUGUAUCACUUUUUCUAGAACGAAUUUCCCUUUUCCAGAUUAACCAGGUCAUUUCUUAUUUUUUAUUGACAAAGUUUGUGAAGUAGUUCAUGGUAAAGAAAAUGUUAAAUAAAGCAUGUCUUUGGUUG